GAGAGGGAGGAGCGGAUGCUCUGAGAUGAGAAGCUGGAUUGGCGCAGCGAGAGGAAAGAAGGAGGGAUAAUGCCUUAGAAUAUGAAAGGCAGAAACAGAGAGAGGGAGAAAGCAUUAUCGUGAAAGAGACACCUUAGCGCUUCAAGGCUGCCUAACAAAGCUCUAUCAGAAAAUCCACAGCCGAUCCAUUAUACAGUCCUGAUUAUUUUAUUAUCGCAGGCCGGUAGAUGCGCAGCGUCAUCCUCCUGUUUGCGCAAAUUACGCUGGACUGACCGGAGUCACAACAGCAUCACCGAACAAGGAGGGAAAAACUGCACCCUCAUCCCGAUUCCGAGCUGCUGAUUAAGGAGCUGUCUCUCACCUGGGUGUGGUCACAUAAGAAGGAUGAGGAUCCUAUUGUUUCUGCUAGUGCUCUGCUCACUGGCUUUGAGCUACACUGUGGGUGGGGACGUGUGUGUUUCGGGUCAUGACAGUGGGCCAGUGUUUGAAGAGCAGCCAUCCAGUUUGAUUUACCCAGAGGGGUUGCCUGAGGGCAAAGUGACACUGAAUUGCCAGGCGAGAGCCAGUCCUGCAGCCUCCUACAAGUGGCGUGUUAAUGGGACAGAUGUGUUAAUAGGAGAAGACUCUCACUACACUCUGGUGGCAGGAAACCUGGUGAUCAGUAACCCCCAACAUGGCCGUGAUGCUGGCUCAUACCAGUGCCUUGCCAUCAACCGCUGUGGCACUAUCAUUAGCCGAGCAGCUAACCUCAAAUUUGGCUAUCUCCACGAUUUCCCCUCAGAAAGCAGGAGUCCUCAGACUGUUUAUGAGGGAGUUGGGACUUUUCUGGCUUGCCAGCCUCCAGCUCACUACCCAGCUCUCUCCUACCGUUGGAUCCUCAAUGACUUCCCUAGCUUCGUCCAGCCAGACGGGGGAAGGUGGUUUGUGUCCCAGGUUACAGGCAACUUGUACCUGGCUAACGCCAGAGCCAAUGACACAGGCAACUACUUCUGUCUCACCACCAUUAACAUGGACAUCACCACUAAGAGCACAUUCAGCAAAGCCAUUCAGCUCACUGUGCAGUCUGACGCUAACCCCAGGAAGUCAGCCCCCAACAUCCGUGUGCGUUUUCCCUCUGAGACGUACGCCUUGGCAGGUCACACCACACAACUGGAGUGCUUUGCCUUUGGCAAUCCUACACCUAAGUUGCGCUGGAGGAAAGUGGAUGGAGUUUUACCCUCCAAGGUUGGAGCGAGUGCAGAUAGCCCCAUCCUGACCAUUCCUGACCUAAGCUUUGAUGAUGAGGGCGUGUAUGAAUGUGAGGCUUACAGCUCAGAGGGACGGGAUACGCACCAGGGUCGCAUCUCUGUCCAAGCCCAACCAGAGUGGCUCCAGGUGAUGAGUGAUUCUGAAGUGGAAAUCAGCUCAGAGCUACACUGGAGUUGUCUGGCUGCAGGAAAACCAAGACCAUUAAUACGCUGGCUUCGCAACGGACUACCUCUUAGCACACAGGAUCGUGUGGAAGUGAACAGUGGUCACCUAAAAAUCAGCAACUUGGCACUGGAGGAUUCUGGGAUGUACCAGUGUGUGGCUGAGAACAAACAUGGCACCAUCUACUUUAAUGCAGAACUCCGAGUUCAAGUCCAGGCUCCAGAUUUUAGGCUGAACCCAGUGAGAAAGCUGGUCCCUGCUGCUCGUGGAGGCCAGGUGAAGAUGGAGUGUAAACCACGUGCUGCUCCUAAACCCACGCUCUUCUGGAGCCGCGGCACCGAGCUCCUCACCAACAGCAGCAGGGUUACAGUCACGCCAGAUGGGGUUCUUUGGAUCUAUAACAUCAGCCGUGCAGAUGAAGGAAAGUACACUUGCUUUGCUGAGAAUUACUUGGGCAAAGCCAACAGCACUGGCCAUCUGUCAGUCAGAGACGCAACCAAAAUUACACUGGCACCUUCUAAUGCUGACAUCAACCAGGGGGAUAAUGUCACCCUACAGUGUCACGCAUCACAUGAUCCAACCAUGGACCUCACCUUCACCUGGUCCCUCAAUGGGGUUCUGCUAGACCUGGAGCAACCAAACGGACACUACCAUCGUAUGGAUGGGAAAGAAACCAUCGGUGACCUGGUCAUCAUGAACGCCCAGUUGAGCCAAGCAGGCAUCUACACAUGUUCAGCGCAGACGGUUGUAGACAGUGCAGUGGCAUCUGCCAGGCUGGUCGUUAGGGGCCCUCCGGGGCCCCCUGGAGGUUUGGUGGUUAAGAAUGUGAAUGAAACAUCACUAGAGCUAAGGUGGAGUCGUGGCUAUGACAACCACAGCCCCAUUGGGAAAUAUGUAAUCAUGGGCCGCUCCGAGCACUCACAUGACUGGAGGAGAAUGAGGACAGAACCUGCUAAUAUUGAGGGCAAUGCCGAAUCUGCACGUGUGAUUGACUUACGACCCUGGAUGGACUACCAGUUCCAGGUCAUUGCCAGCAACAUUCUGGGUAGUGGGGAGCCAAGCAUGCCUUCGCAAACCAUUCGCACCAAACAGGCAGCACCAACAGUGGCACCUAGUGGUCUGGGUGGAGGAGGAGGAGACCGCAGUGAGCUCAUCAUCUCAUGGACCCCCAUGGCCAGGGAAUAUCAGAAUGGUGAUGGCUUUGGCUAUAUCUUGGCAUUUAAGAAGUUGGAGGCAUCGACAUGGAUGGUGGUGCGUGUUCCUAAUGUGGAGUCUUCACGUUACGUCUACAGUAACCAGAGUCUCACACCAUACUGCCCCUUUGAGGUUAAAAUCAAAGCCUACAACAGAAAAGGAGAAGGCCCUUUCAGUCAGAUAGCCGUGGUGCACUCGGCUGAAGAGGAGCCCACAGUGUCGCCCCGCAAGAUCAAUGCCUCAGCAUUAACAGCCUUUGAGAUCCAAGUCUCUUGGGAACCCAUCCAGCAUUUAAGCAGCAAUGGAGUACUGCGUGGCUAUGAGAUCCGGUACUGGCGGCAGCAUGAGAGGGAAGCUGCAGCAGACCGUGUUCGAACAGCUGGCCUGGAGAAUACAGCGCGGGUGACUGGAUUAAGACCCAACACACUUUAUCAUAUCACUGUUCUGGCCUAUAACAGCGCUGGCACUGGGCCGCCCUCUCCACGGACCACUGUCAUCACCAAGAAACCCCCCCCUAACCGUCCACCAGGGAAUGUUUCGUGGAAGACGGAUGGUUCGUGGGUAACUGUGAGGUGGGAUCAUGUUAAAUCUAUGGACAAUGAGUCUACAGUGCAGGGCUACAAAGUCCUAUAUAAGCAUGAGGGGCAGUCAGCUCUGAAGGUGUUAGACAAAGGCAAGACAUCAGUCAGUCUUCCACUACCCAAAGAUAAUGGCUAUGUGGUCCUGGAAAUCCGAUCUUGGGGAGAGGGAGGUGAUGGGGCAGCUCACGAGAUCAUAGUGUCUCGAGAUUCAGGAACUGGGAUGAUGGUCCAGAAAAACAGUGUGGGAAUCCUCAGAUCCUUCAGCACAUUAUUUUUGCUCUGGCAUGCUGUGGUUGUCAUUUUGACUGGCUUAUUGGUGCUGUGAUCAGCCAGUGUAAAGGUCCUUUCCCAGUAAUACACCACAGAUAUUGGCUGGGUACUCCAAAGGUGGGGUGCGACUUUAAGCGUGGGGUCUCUGAUUAGGGAGGUUGGGGAGGGAGAGUGCUUGGGGUUUUAGUAAUAAAUAUGACAAAAAGCAUUUGUUUUACUCUUUUGUAUAAAAAAUGAUUUUUAACAAGAACAACUUGUGUUGUAAACCUUGCCUUGUAGGAAAAAUCAGUACAUAGUACAUUGAUUACUUGGAAUUGGUCAGCGGUCAGCAUUUCAGCUGGUACUGGGUUUUCAUUUUUAGUAAUCAUUAUACAUAAAUGAUAACAGGCACGUAGAUUUCAACAGGUCAGGAUCAAUAUGAUGUACAUAUAAUGGGCCUCAUUUAUCAAUUUUUCUGUAAAGUUGUGUGUUAAUAUUUUCAUAAGUCAGACUGAACUGAGUGUCAUAGGAAGCCCGAAGAUGGCACACUAGGGAUUAUACAGCACAUUGCAUCUUGAGACAUACCAGAUCAGUCACCUAUCGGGCCCUGAGUACUGGCACUAAUAAACUAAUGCAUAGCAUUGAAAGUAGAUGCUGUGGAAAAUGGAACUGACAUAUACAUCGCGUUUUUGCAGCCCAUCCUCCUUUUAUUACAGUGGCAUUCUUAAUUGACUGACUGGGUUCAUUUGUCUUAAUGAUCUUUUCUUGCUUUUUAAAUUUUUUCACAUUUAUUUAGUUGAUGCCUUUAAUAUGAAGCAUAAUCUGUAUAUAAAAGUGCAGUAACUCUUAUAUGAUUUGAAGCCAGGCAAAUGUGCUAUACAUUAGUUAGUCUUCUUAUGUGUAAAUUUACACACAUUCACGAGCAUGAGAAGGAUACAAAGAUUUUUUUUUUUUGGAAAUUAUGGGAUUUUCAGGAAUACCAAAUGUAUUGUGUAAAUGCUCCUACAAAUGAUUUACAAAUAAAUACAUUCCUAUCCAACUUGAUAAAUGAGGCCCAAUGCUGGGAUAUGUUCAUCAUGGUAUUCUGACACCAUGUGAAUCACCAUGUAGAAAAAAACUCUUUUUUUUUAUAUGUUGUUGCCAGUGUUUGGCAGCGUGAGGAUUGUAUCUAAAUGAGGAUUCGAAUGAAAGUUUACUUUUUAUUUUGCUAAAAAUUGUAUACAGUGUUUAGCGUCUGUGUUCAAUUCUGAAACGUUGUAGAGCCAAUACAAACUCAACAGCAUCACUUUAUUCUUACAAUGUGCACCCAGGUGUGUGAGUGUGUAUGCGUGUGUGCCUGUUUUAGGAUAAUGGUUGCCAUGGACACAGUGGUUAAACAAAAUAAUGUGUGAUACUAAAAGCGGUAUGGCUUAUGAAGUUAUCUUCAUAUAUCAGGGUUAUUUAGUUAUCAAAGCCAUUAUUAUGAUUGUUUAUCAAGUGUUACGUAAAAGAAUAAUCAAUCUGAGUGUUUGCCAGAAAUCCAGUGAAAAGUCCAUGGAGGCAGAUGUUGUACAAUGCAGUGGGUUAGAGUGCACUCUGGUUAAUCAUCUUACUGUGGUAAUAUUUAUGGCAGUAUUUUUCCUCUUAUGUAUGUACAGUAUAGAUUUGUACGUGCAUGGCCUCGUUGUGAUGAAAGAUUUGCAGACAAAGGGGCAAAAUCUUUGCUAUUUACCAAUAUCUGUAUCAGGACUACACCCAGUAUAAUGUUACCAGAGCAGGAUUUGUAUUAUCCAAGUGUGUCAUUCUUAUCUGCACCUUCCACAUCACUUUAAUUUUACAGUCAUGCUUUUCAAAAAACAUAACAAAGACAAUCUUUGCCUUUUUAAGUUUUCUAUAUUAUUACAUUUACUAAGGAUAUGAACUAUAGAUACACUUAUACAGGGUCAAUUUACAAUUAAACAUAGUAGCAAAGCCUAAUAUAACCCUGUACAUGUCCCUGCAUUUAUACUGCUUUUUUUAUUCAAUCUAAUUAAUUCUGUUUUUUGCAAACUUGAAUGAUCAGGGCAGUCAUGAUCCACACACAUGCACACAGUGUAAAAUGUUUAACUUGAAAAAGUAUGUCUAUAUUACUAUAGACAUACUAUAGUACUAUAUUCAUCUUCUGUGUCAGGUUUACCAAAACUACUUUGUCUAGUCAUACUCACUUAAACACACAUUUGCAUCAAAUCUUCCUCUUGGUUUCAACUUUACUUUCACUCAGUGUUUUCAAAGAAUGUUAGCUACAAAUAAAUGGAUGCAUUGCAGAAGAACAUUGUCAGAAAGUCUGUAGCGCUAUAGGAUUUCAUCAAACACAGGGAUGCAUUCUUCAUACUGCUCACCACUUGUAGUUUUUCACAUUUUUUCCAAGUAGUAUUUUAUUUAUUCUGAUAUUCCACUUUUUUGAAAAAUGGCUCAUUACGCAAUGCUGCAAAAAUAUUCUUGUUUUGUGCUCCAUUUGUGAGACAGCAGGGACCAAGUACUAAAAUCAUCAGAGCUUAGAUAAAAUAUAAUCUUGUAUUUGAGAACAUCUCUUGAGAACAUUCCAAAACAAUUUUAAUUAAAUGUGCAGUAGUCCUCAUGUGUUUCAUGUAUUUCUUAUUGCCAUGGUGUUUCACAGAGAUUUCUUUUUUCUUGUUAACCUGAAGUCAGCUCACUGUAUCUACAAAACAUCCAUUACAUAAAAUUACAUCUGUUACAGCUCAAUAAAAGGAGUUAACUUCCAUGUUUGGUGCCACUUGAGGUUACCUUUUUAAACUACUGUAUAUUGUAAAUGUCUGGUUGACCCUGUCCAAUGUGAACUGAAUGAGCCUUUCAUUAAAUGGAACUUGUAAAUAUUCUUCAAUAAACACCCACUGAUUGUA